UUUUCGAAAUUUGUAGACAAAAUUUACCAGUUGAAAAGUGAUAGAAAAAAAUUAUGGUGCACGGGAACCCGGAAGAUGAAUUCACAGAUGAAUUGAUCAAAAAACUGGCCACUGCAGCUUCGGAGGCAAGAUUGAAUGCUUACGCCCCUUACAGCAAAUUCCAAGUUGGUGCUGCCUUGUUAUGUGACAAUGAGGAAAUCGUCAAAGGGUUUUUCGGAUCCAUCUUGGUUUUGUCUGCGACGCUGCUUUUCCGUGCGACUCCGUUCACUUGA